AUGGACAGCUAUUUUCUUACCAAGAUGCGACAUCAGAAUAAACUAUUAAAUAUAGAAAACAGGAGCGAAGUUAAUGAACAAUCCAAGGCCUAUUAUAUACAUCAAGCAUUGAAGACUGAAAAUGUUUCAGAUUUUGAAAGAUAUAUUAGCUGCUAUAAUACCGAAAAAACUAAUGGAAAAUCUUCCGCUGAGUUUUUCCAACAAAAUUUAUUCGAAAGACUCUUCGAUUUCCUUCUAUCAAAUCAAAAUCAGAAUCUUCCAAAGACUGCUUAUAAAUUCAUAAAGAAUACACUUAAACAAGUGAAGUUUGAUGCUAAUCUCUUUAAAAUAUUAGAAAAUAACCAACAUUACUUUUCCAAGAUGAGAGAAUACCUCGUAGGCAUUGGUGAAGCUGCCUCAUCAGAUCCACUAGCCAUUGGCAUAUGUAAAAUCAUCUCUUGUAUUGCCCAAUACAGUGAGAUUAUGAAUCAAUUCAUUAUAGAACUUUUUCCUCUUGAAUUGAUAUACAAUACAAUGGGCCAAAAUCCAGCAUGCAUAUCAUUUUACCUUUACUCAGUCUCAAAAUGCAAUUUACAACAAGAUGUUUUCGAAUUCACAGUAAGUAUCCUCAGACAAGUCCAGAAUUUGUCAGAGAAAUGGAUUAAUAAGUUACUAGAUACAAUUACGCUUUACAUCAGACCUGAUAUUUAUAAAGAAGUACAAGAUCACGUUGAAUUCAUAAACCUGUUUAUAAUUGGCUUCUUACGUGAUCCAUUUUAUGAUUCAGCAUGCAGACUUGCUAAGGAAUUGUUCUCAAUGUUCAACCAAGUCCCAGAAAUAACUUGUAAUGAAAAAUUUGACAUCGAAGAAUUGAUAAAACCAAUAUUUGAUCGUAUUUAUAGUAUACUUAAUAUCCCCACGCCAGAAGCAAUUGAAAAAACUGAAGAAGAUGAAAAAUUCCAAAAAGUGACAGAAAAAUUUGGAAAACAAAAACCCAAAAAAGUGACAAAAGUAAUCAAACCAAAAGUGACACAAAAAGUCAAAGUUCCCGAUCCAAUACCACCACUUGAAGCUCUCCAUGAAAUUAUCUUCUUUGUUAAGUCAUUCCCUGACGAAUUCGUUGAUAGUUACUUAAAAUUAUUUACUAGCACAGGAAUGCACGGUUUGAAGCAAUUAAUAGUCAAGGAGAUCUAUGUAAGACUCAUUGCGAUCAUUGUAAGCUUCUCUCCUGAUAAAAUCGAGCUAGUUCUUCAAUGUCCUGAAUUGAUGCAGUAUUUCUCAAAUCUACUAGAGUCAGAUCAACCAGAAUACGCACUAGAACUGUUCUGCCUUAUCCAAGACUAUUUCAAACAACAGUCGCGAAAUGAAGACUUAGAAACCUUGGCAAAUAACUUGGUUGACUAUAGAGAACUAAUUUCUGACUGCAUCAAUUCUCAAGAUCCAAAAAUAAGAGAAUUUGCAACACAAUUAGAUAGUUUGUUUACACAAGAAUAA